GCCCCUUUACCUAUUUUUUAUAAAUAUCGUAAAAAGUAGUAACUCUUUUAAACUGGACAAUUAUAUUUAAAAAACUAUUUGAUACGCCCAUGGAGAAUACAACUGUCAAACGUUCUUAUUUACAGGCACAAACAGAGCUUAUGUUCGCAGAUACUCGAAAACGCCACAUGUCAUAAUAAAACGCAUAGAUGUCAUGAAUUACUAAGAUGAAGAUAAUUUAAUUUUUUUUAAUGGCUUGCGAAAUUCCAGGCAGUGAAGAACCACCGAAAUGCCCAACUUUGGACAUAGCCCAACUAAAAUUCGCUUUAAGUUUACCUGAAUACAGCUACGAUUACUGCAGGAAACAUAAACUUCUUACAAUGAUUUUAGCCGAAGACAUGGCACCUUACUACAAAUUGGUUACUAAAGAUUUAGAUUGGGAAUUCGAUGUUUGCAUGUACUAUCAAAUGAAACAGCACAACGACAGCGUUCUAGAGGAGAUAGAUAAAGAAAUCGAAGACAGUUUGAAAGACAUGGGUCUGACGGAAAUGCGAGAAUUGUAUAUGAAGAAAGCUAAUUACUUGAGUAAAAUCGGUGAUAAAGAAAACACUAUAAAAGCGCUGAGUCAGGCAUACGACAGCACUAUAGCGCUGAAGAACAAAUUAGACAACAUUUUCUAUUGCAUUAGAAUCGGUUUGUUCUUUAUGGACACCGGUUUGAUACGGAGGAACAUUCAAAGAGCCGAAUCUAUGCUCGAACAAGGUGCUGAUUGGCACAGCAGGAACUGUUUCAAAAUCUACAAAGCUUUGUAUUCGUUGAUCACCAGAGAUUUCAAAACUGCCGCUAAUCUUUUAGUAAACUCGAUAUCCACUUUCAUUUGUACAGAAGUGUUAUCGUUCGAUAUGUUCAUACGUUACACGCUUUUGUCGGCAAUUUUAACCUUGAAUCGAAGCGAAUUAAAGAGUAAAUUGAUACAAAAUCCCGAUAUGCAGCAGGCCUUACACAACGUCGUUACCCUCAAAGAAUACUUAUUCUCUCUUUACAACUGUGAUUACAAGCUUUUUUUCUUAAGGCUCGCCGAUGUUGAAGUACUAAUCAAGCAAGAUAUGCUGCUGAAUCCGCACUAUCAGAACUAUAUUCGCGAGAUGAAAAUCAAAGCAUACGAUCAGUUGCUGUCUACAUACAUUUCCGUCAACAUAUCAUACAUGAGCCAUCAAUUUGGAGUUUCGGAAGAUUACAUCGAAGAUGAGUUAAGUAAAUUGAUCGCUGCCGGUAGAUUGAAUUACAAAAUUGAUAAAAUUAGCGGUAAAGUCGUGAACGAGCAUAGCGAAAGCAAAAUGGAAGUAUUUAAGGCAGUAAUCAAGCAAGGCGAUAUCGUUCUCAAUCGCAUACAUAAACUUAGUAGGGUGAUUAACAUUUGAGAGACGGUGUCUAAUAAAAUUUUUAAGCACAGUCCAAUGUUUCAUUUCAAUCAAAAUUUGUCUAUUUAAUCCAGUCGAAAUAGGAGUGAAUAAGAAUUUUUCGGUUGCUUAUACAUAAGUCCCCAUAAAUGAAUUAAAACUUCGCUUAUUUUUUCGCAAACUUGAGGACGACCCUGUAUUUACGUUAUAAAAAAAUGGUUAACGGGGUUAUGAUGGACAAGUAAUGUUAUUUUUAACAGACACAUUGGGGGUUAUGAUUGACAACCUGUGUUAUUUUUAACAGGUCUGUUAUUUUAUGAACACAUAGAAAUAACAAGCUGUUCACAAAUAAAGUGGAUGUUAAAACUAACA